CGUGCAAGGUCGGUAGUCCGUCCGCCGGCCCGUCUGGGUAGACGCUUGGCGGACCUGUGACCGUCGCCGUGCGUUAGCCACGUAUGAGGGGCACAACAGAAUGUCAGCCACAUGUACUAAUGCUUCGCAGUCUGCUGCACCCAUCCAAGUUCCAACAAUUAAUUCGUGACGUGCACCCACAAGACCAAGAAGUUGUUCAACAAUCGUCGAAGUUCAUCGCCAUGUUCAGGUACUGUGAGUGUAGCUACGUACGACACCACUGCCGCUUCCUUACCACAAGCGAACCGCCUGAUCGAGGUAAUGUGCCCGACUCCCCGCCAGGUUACUGCGUGACCUUCUCUUUGCCACCCGAGCUAAGUCCUCAUCCCACUCGCCUGGUUGCCAUGGAUCAGCACUACGCGAAGCAACGAAACAGACAGUCAGCCAAGGCCAUUGCGUUCUUUCGGGUCGGUGUUCUAGGAUGAAUUGCAUCGAAGAAUCCGCAGCAACACAGUUACACCGUCACACAUGCGGAUUGUGCUUCAAGAUCAUUGCGUGACGGCCUCGCG